AUGUUAGAACCGAUCAUCUACGUCAUGUGUCAAUGUUUGGAGAACUCAUUGCAAUCGAGAACUGAAAAGUUGAAAGUGGAACAUUUCGAUCUGUCAGUUCUUGAAAUAAAUCAAGUUGUAUCAGCAGUUAACCUACUUGACCGUGAGAUUCUACGGAUGGUUACUGUACACUUGCCGUUUGAAGAUCAAGUAUUCACAGCUGAUGGCUUCAUACCUCUAAUAGAAGGGCAGGGACAGCAGAGGUUAAAUUUGAGAAUCCAGUUACAUAAGUUCUCAUUGAAAAUAUCAGCGGAAGUGAGGAAGCUUCUUACCUUCACUUCCCAACUCAUUUCUAUCACUAUCAUCUGUAAAACUAUUGAUGAGAAAUGCAUUGAAACAACUCCUGAAGCAAAAUAUUUGUCAGAUGGAAAGUUUGUGAAGUUUUCAAUAGAUCACGCUGAGGAUCCAAUUGAAGGAAUGACUAUGCUAACCCUAUCAGACAACAAAUUCCAUUUGAAUAUCUUCGAAAUCCCUUCGAUAAUGAGGUCAAUUGCACCGAAUUUAGGAUGUCGUCAAAUCCAAUCACUUCGAAAGGUGUCUAGACGUAUCCGACAUUGUGUUGACUAUAUCAAACCAGAUCCGCAUAUCAUUAGUUGCUCCGUUUUUCUCGCGAAUUAUUUAAGAGUUGACUUUGAAGAAAUGAUGAAUGAAAAAAUUGUUGCACGCUACAAGGGAUUUCUGGAACAGGAAGCAAUUCGAGUUGUAAAUGAUUUUGAUUUGAAUACAAGACAUCAAAAAAGUUGCAUGGAUCAACUAUAUAUUGGAAUGUAUGAAGAAAUCUGGUAUUCAAAAAAAGAAGACUAUCCAGAGUUGUCAAAGAUUUUCAAAGGGAUAAGAGAUGUUUUGAUCUCUAGGACAUCCCCAUUAAAAGUUAAACGUUUGACCUUGAGUACCCGCUGGCAAUGUUUGAUGAUGAAUGUUCUGCCGUUUCUUGACGGAGAAUCUUUGAAAUCUAUUAGAAUACAAAAGGCCUUCAAAAAAGAUAAAGAAUAUAGGAUUGAUCUAGAUGAAAUUUCAAAAACUGAGCAAUGGAGCAAAGCGAAGGAGUUGAAUACAGAUUUGACCGUUCGAACGUCAAUUCAAGACAUGAAUAUUCUGAUGUUUGAAAGGAUAUUUAUUACGUUGGAAACAAUGUCGCAGGAGGAUAUUACAUAUUGCAGAAAAAACAUCCCUCAAUCUCUAGUCUUCAAAAACUUCAGCCUACUCAUCAAGAACUGUUCAGACUUUUUAACAGCACUAGGAGAUCUUUAUCGAAUUGUCAACAAUAUUCAGUAUAUUUUUUGGUUCCGGAUUGAGAAUACCCCAGAAUAUCUUUAUGUGAAUUUCCGACAAACUCGCCCUCGUCGUUUGGUGUUUUCAAAAGUCCAUCAGGACGACUCUCCAUUCUUUUGA